AUGGCUUCUGGACGAGGUGGAGCUGUAGCACGAGGUCCAGGUGGCGCUGGUAGCAGCGUACCAGGAUCUCCACCACGUCCUAUGGAGGGGCGGGGGAAGACACAGCCGGAGAGUGGCAGUGGGGAGGUGGAUGAGGAGGAGGAGGAGGAGGGUGAUGGCGAUGAUGAUGAGGACGAUGAGGGGAGUGGGGAUGACAGUGAGGCAGGGUGGGAUCCAGAGACGGAUGGCGGUGGGGAGGGGGGAGAGGAUGAUGAAGACCACGAGAUGGAUGUUUUGGAGCCAGAGGGGCGGGAAGAGGAGGUGGGAGAGGGUGGUGGAGAGGCGGCAACGGAGGCGGGCUCACACCAUGUGCGUGAAGGGGGUGGGAGCGUGGGGGUUGCUGUGGGGAAAAAGGCCGCGAUCAUUAGGCCGCCAAGGCGGGGGAAGAGGGUGAACAAGUUGAGGGAGCGGGCGUACCCCGCUACGUUCACAGGGGAGCCGUUGGGUGAGGGCGUGAUCGCACCGGAGUUCCUAGACGAGGAUGAAGAGUCAGAAAGUAGCAAGGGGACGGGUAGCAGGAAACCGGGGUGGCAGGUUAUGAUGUUCGGACCGAAGGAUGCAGACGAGAAGCGUCAGUGCAAGAUUUGCACUGACAAGAUCUCGUGGAAGCAGUCCACAACCACUCCCGGCGAGCGGCACUUCGCGAGCCACCAUACAGCGCAUAUGCUUGUGUGGCAUCACCGUUACCACACCCCGUCCAUUCAGUUGCCAGGCGAGACGUUUCCACGCGGGGGUUACAAAGGUGUUCCAGAUGGCUACGUCGAAGCUUACCCGCAUGCCAAAACGUGGCCUCAUCUCGCGACCAAGACACCGCAGGCAGCAGGUGGAGAUAAGAAGGGGGGCGGGAUUGAGCGGUUUAUGACAACGAAGCUGUCACAGGGGGAGCUCCGACGGGCGAUCGCCAAGCUAGUGGUCACCUGCGACCUCCCCUUCCGCAUCGUGGAGGCCGAGGCUUUUCGGGAGCUUCUGAUCCUGCUAAAUCGCAACUGCGCGCAGAAGAACUUCAUCCCCUCCCGUUGGACGGUCUCCCGCGACACCGUUGUCUUUGCGGCGGCCGCUCUCCAGUCCGCCAUCGCGGAGAUGCUGGCGAAGGAGGGGGAGCUGGGGUGCAAGGUGUCGAUUACCAUAGACAUAUGGACGGCACCCAACAACAGAGCAUGGCUGGUGGUGACCGGCCACUGGAUAGACGAGGCCUUCCAGCUGCGCACGAUGGUGCUCGAGUUCCGUGAGAUGCUCGGGCGGCAUGGAGGCAAGGAGAUUGCGAAGGUGGUUGAGGAGACAGUGGUGCAGUGGAAGUUGGAGGGGCGUUGUCUUGGGUUGACGUCAGACAACGCCUCCAGCAACAUUGCUGCCUUCAGGCGGCUGUCGGAGGAGGGUGGUGGGAGGUGCUUCUUCACCGAGCGCAUGCACUUCCGCUGCCUGGCACAUGUGAUCAACCUUGCCGUGAAGGCAGCUCUCGCAGUGGCCGCCAUCCGCAAGCUGCUGAAGAUCGUGAGGGAGAUGGCGUCGUGGGUGGGCUUCUCGCCGCAGCGCUCAGGGAAGUUCCUGGGCCUGCAACGGACCUUGAACGCGCAGGCCAACCCCGCCAAACCGAAGCCGGCACUGAAGCUGGUGCAGGACUCUCCCACGCGCUGGGGCUCGACACACGACAUGGUCGAGCGAGCCGGGGUUCUGCAGGAACCUAUCAACGGCUUGUCGGCGACUGACAAGAAGAAGGUCGAGAGCUUGCGCCUGACAGACGCAGAUUGGGACACUCUGCAUGCUGUCAAGGCACUCCUCAGUCCAUUCGCCAGAGUCUCGAAGGCAGCGGAGGGGGCGGCGUACCCUACAGUGUCGAUGGUGUUGCCGUACCACAACGGCCUGAUCGACGCUUUGGAGGCGCGCCUUGCGAAGGGGCCAUCGGCUGCGCUGAAGCCGAUGAUCGAGGCGGCGCUGGGGGUCCUGAAGAAGUACGCGUACAUGUCCUCCAACGAGCUGUGGAUCGCCACCUUCUUGGAUCCGUCCAUGAAGGCGGCGUGGUUUGAUGACGAGCACUGGGAGUCGCAGCAUCCCGAGACCGAGCCGAGGGUGAGGCCGCGUCCCACUUCUAGCGAGGUGGUCCAGCUGUCGCCGUCGCCUUGCAGCGCGUCUCUCAGCGAGCCAGCAGGCGGGGAGGGGUGGGAUGCUACAGGAUGA